AUGACAAGAAGGAAGAGCCUACUUCUCCACGAGAAGCCCAAGCUGGACAAGGCGGGGUGCGAGGACCUUCUGUUAGUCCGGUCUGCCACUGAGCUCAUCGAGCAUGGGAUCCGGCUCAAGAAGAGCGAGACCCGCAGCCUCACGGACAUCUCCUUUGCCGCCGGGGUCCUGAGCCUCCCUGAGAUCAUGGUGGAAGAAGCAACCGAUUCCAUGUUCCUCGACCUCAUUGCAUUUGAGCGCUUCCACGUCAGGACCGGGAACGAGGUCACGUCCUACAUCUACGUCAUGGACUACAUCAUUGACGAUGAGGGCGACGUCACGCUUCUCCACAACUUUGGCAUAGUCCUGAAUGUCCUGGGGGACGACAAGGAAACCAUCGAGAUGUUCCCCUUGCUGGCCAAGUACACAACAACUGAACCCAACAACAGUCUCAUUGCCGUGUGCAAUAAGGUCAACGAGUACUGCAACAAGCCCUGGAACAAGUGGGGGGCUAAUCUCCUCCAGACGUACUUCAGGGGUCCUUGGGCUUUAUUGUCUUUCAUCGCCGCCAUCUUCCUUUCCGCACUCACUAUAAUUCAGACCGUAUAUACCGUGCUCAGCUCCAACAAAUGA